UUGCCAGCCGACCUCCCACUGGUUUCGUGGCGAUCUACAGGGACCAGCUAAUGGCUGGCCUCCGUCUGCCCAUCCCCAACUUCCUCUUCUUCAUUCUUACCUUCUGGGGUAUUCGCAUAACCCAGGUCAUCCCCAACGCUGUUCGCUCUAUCAUAGGCUUCUUCAUCCUUUGCCGAACACUCGAAAUUUCCUUUUCUCUCGACCUGUUCCGUGCCUUCUUCCAGAUGAAGGUCAGCGGGAAGGUGCCUGGGUGGUUCUACUUUGCCCGCCGAAGUGGAGCAAAAACCCCCACCCGCGAGCUGUUCACGGGGGCACCUUCCUCUAUCAAGGACUGGAAGCCUCAGUUCUUUUUCGUGAAGAACCUAGGUUUUCCUCCCCUUACUUGGAGAGCAGAGACUCAAGUCUCAGAUCCCCUUCCAUCCCUGCUCCCCGUGUCCGAGCUUAGCCGCCUACUCAGCUCGGACGUGAAGCUGGACGUGAAAGAGUUCAGCAAUGACCAGCUUUGGGCGGCGGGGUUGAUCCGAGCUAGCUCCUCGGAUCCCUCGCCAGAGGACAGGCCACUCACCCCGGGCGAGCUGGACACCUUGAAGCGGUUUUCCUCACUUCUGUCCAUCGGUGGUACUACCAACCCAGGCGCUACCACUCAGAGUCCCUCGGCCAUUCCAGCCAGCUCGGUGCCAGCUCCCAUACCUCAGCCAGCUCCCGCCCAAUCCUCCAAGGCGGUUGAGGCUGGAAAGAAAAAGAAAAAGAAGACAACUGCUAAGAGAGCCAGGGUGGAGACGCCCUCGUCCCCAGCUAGGGAGGAGAGGUCAACACCUGAGCCUGCCCAAGGCGGCCACUACGGCGUGACCACCGCCGAAGAGCAAGCCAGAGCUGAAGCUCCCCCUAACCUGUGGCAACGCCAGAGCUCCCUGCUCUUCGACCCCCAGACUCGGUUGACGACGCACCAGCACCCCAUGCACUUCUGCCCCAGUGGAAGCUAUCCAUAA